UGUGUGUGAUGACCUGACAGAGGAAAAUGGAGUGGUUCACACUGACGUCAAACAUCGCGAGAAUCUCAUGUGCUAGAAGGAAACAUGGCGGCGUUAGCAGUAGUUGAAACUCCUUCAGGCAAAGAUGUCAUAGCCGAAGGUCUUUUUGAACUCUUGAAACCCGCAGUGCAACAGCUCGACCUACAUGUGCAUUCAGUAAGAGAGAGCCAAGUGGAGCUUCGGGAGCAUAUUGACAAUUUGGCUACAGAAUUGUGUAGAAUCAACGAACACCAGAAGGUGGCGCUCGACUUAGACCCAUAUGUCAAGAAACUGCUGAAUGCGCGACGCAGAGUGGUACUGGUCAACAACAUUCUUCAGAAUGCACAGGAGCGCUUGCGACGGCUCAACCACAAUGUUGCCAAGGAAACGGCACGCAGGAAGACCAUGCUAGAGACGUCUGGUGCUUUCACACCUCGCUCUCCCAGCAAGCCCUGAUGCAGUUUCCCUUCUCACCUCCAAAGACUGAGAUUGCACCAUAAUUACCCUUUCUUGAGUUUGUAAACUCCCCAUAGGCUCCCGUGGAGCUCUCUGAUGCUUUAGCAAGGUGUUACUUGACAUUCAUGGGCCACUAAAGGGCGGCUGACACACAGAAUUGUGACCCUGGAAUGUGUCGCAAGUUUGUGUUGUAAUGAGAUCAGCCACAUAUUGACUGGCCACCCGGUCAGAGCAUGUGUGGCUGUUAGAUGAUCAUCUUUUAAGAAACUGUGUCAUAGCUGAUUCAAACUGUAUUUCCAUGACCUUAGAGAUGGCCAAAUUAUACCUCAUCAUAUGGGAUAUUAUAUUUUGCCACAAGAGGGAGUUGUGAACAACUAAAUGCUCUGUUAAUGGCUAUUGUUAUCUCUUGGCAGCUUGUUUAAUAAUACUGAUUAACUUAAUAAUUCAGGUUGUGCAUGAUGUACAAAAAUGUUAAGCCUGUGUCCUAUGUGUGUGAAACACUCUUACUUGCACAUUAAAUACAGCCUUGGUUUGUAUAGAUUUGUUAACAAUGACAUUUUCACGUUGUAACCUGGGUUAGACCUCUGUAAAAAAUAGUACAAGACUUGACUCACGCAUGCAUUGUGUUUGCUUCUGGGCAGUGCUCAACAGGAGUGUUUAUUUUCAGCUGCUCGCUCUGCUUUCAAGCUGGCGUUUUGCUCUCCUGCCCGACAUUAAUUACUUAUUAGUCAGGCUUGUGUUUUUACACCAUGCCGCCAGGCUUUCGCAUGCCUGUGCCCACUUCAGCUGCCCAAGUCUUGUUUAAGGUGUGAAGGUACACAUGUCAGUUAGGGUGGGAAGAAAAUGGAGGAUAAAGAAGCAGUGAUAUAAAUAUUGCACAAUAAAAGUAUUUCUUGACCGUAAA